AUGGCAGAAUUCCAGCCUCAAUAUGUCUCACACCUGGUCAGCAAAAACACUAAGGUGUUCACAGUAGUGGUCAUAGCCGUGGCCGUCAUUAAUUCUGCUACCCUCGGUUACGACUCUUCGGUGAUGAAUGGACUACAAAUCUUGCCUUCCUAUACGGAAUAUUUCCACCUCAAUACCGCGACUAAUGGACUUAACAAUGCCGCCUCUUGGAUGGGAGCGAUCUUAGCGACUCCAUUCUUGCAAAUCCUUCCGGAUACCUUUGGCCGAAAAAGGGCGAUCCUAUUCUCCGCCCUUAUUUGCUUUGUUGGUAUCGCGCUUCAGAGCGCCGCGCAGAAUAUAGGCAUGUUUAUCGUGUCGCGAAUAAUUGUGGGACUCGGUUCACAGCUUUCUAGUGCGGCAGCACCUGCAUUGUUAGGUGAACUUCUACCUGCUGUUACUCGUGGACGAAUCCUAGGGUUUUUCUUCUCUUGCUUUUACGUCGGCAGUCUCGUAUCAGCCAUUAUCAACUAUGGUAGCCAGAAUAUCCAAUCAACGUGGUCUUGGAGACUCCCCUCGAUACUACAAGUCAUGCCGAGCUUACUUGCCUUGUGUCUUCUCCCUUUCAUUCCAGAGUCGCCUCGCUGGCUAGUGUCUAAGGGUCAGUAUGAGCAUGCCAAGGAAGUAUUGAUUAUCACUCAAGGGGGCGGAAAUCCUGAAUCAGAAAUCGCUUUGGCUACAUUUGCAGAAAUCGAGAGUGCUUUAGCCGCCGAAAAAGCUACCUCCCGACAUAAUCCUUGGAGAGAGAUUGUAUCGACACCAGCGAACAUGAAGCGACUAGUGAUACUCUGUACCUUUGGUGUUAUGAUCAAUUCUUUUGGCAAUUUUGUUGUUUCGUUUUAUCUAGAUAAGAUUCUCACUCAAGCUGGUAUCACCGACGUUAAGACAAAGACGCAGAUCAAUGUUAUCUUGAGUUGUUGGUCAUUUGUUGUCGCUUGUAUUGGUAGCUAUAUGCUUGAUUUCAUCGGUCGACGAAAACAAGCUCUCGGUAGUGUAGCAGGAAUGAUUGUGUCGCUUUAUUGUGUGGGUGGAAUGAUCAAAACAUUCGGAGAAAGUACAAACAAAUCUGGUAUCUACGGCACUAUCGCCUUCAUCUUUUUGUUCCAAGGAUUUUACGCAUUUUCCAUUACGCCGCUGACCAGUCUUUAUCCUACUGAAAUUUCGCAAUAUAAGCUGCGCACUACCGGAAUCGCUAUUUUCCGGCUGCUGGACAGUGGGUUUGGACUCAUGGCUUCGUUCUCCCUCUCUUAUGCUAUGGCCGACCUGGGAUGGAAAUUUUAUCUGAUCAAUGCUUCUUACAACAUCGUAUUCCUGGUUAUUAUCUAUUUCACCUGGGUGGAAACAAAGGGUAUUCCUCUCGAAGAAAUCGCCUUGAAAUUCGAGGGUACAGCAGCUUUUGCAGAUAGCAGCGUCAUCACUGGCAAGGUCAUGGACGAGACUACUCCUGGGGAGACCAAGCAGGCAAAAUCAGAUGCGGUUCCCAUCUAG